UUUACUUGGCUGAAAAUCAAGGGUUCAUUUAUCAAUCAUUCAUAAUGUAGCAAGUAUAUUCGCUACCAGUGAGACUAAUAGAGCAUUUUCAUCCACAAAUAAAACUUCACUUUUGAGCCCCACAUUUCAAGCGAGUUUCAACCACAUGUUCACACGUUAGUGGGCCUCACUCAUAUUACCUAUUAUCUUCAUGUCAAGUGUCAACCCAUAUCACUCACGAAUCUCACACUAUCCAUCCACUUUAAAAACCCAAACACCAAAACUUUUAAAAACAAAGAAAAGAAAAAUAAAUAAAUAAAUGCAAAAACCGCUUGUUAAGCUGUUAUUCAUCCAUGGCAACUCCGCCGUCAUCGCCGCCGUCACCGUCGUUGCUAUUCUUACAAACUUCGAAACUUCUUAAUUUUCACUCUCCUCUUAGGCCCAAGCCCAAGCCCAAAUUCAAGGCCCAUUUUAGCGGUAAAGCUUCGAUUAAGCCUCCACCACCCGAGUUCGAUUUCCGAUCAUCACAAAUAUUUUCAGAUUCUCGGGCCGUUAUUUCGGGGGCCCACCCGGAGCUAUUGGAUUUGGUUGAUAUGGGGAGUUUGGUUUUGGUCCAGAAGAAUCAGUUUGGGCCUGUACCAUCUUGGCGGGCUGAGUUUGUUGAGCCCGAUGAGAUUUGGUUGGUGGGUACUAGUCACAUUGAUGAGGGCUCGUCUUUGGAUGUUGAGCGGGUUGUUCGGGCUAUUCGGCCCGAUAAUGUCGUCGUUGAGCUUUGUCGUAGCAGAGCUGGGAUUAUGUACUCCAGCAGCAAUCAGCCAAAAGCGGAACUGAAGUCCAAUAUGUUUUCCUUAAGUGGUGCUGGAUUUUUUGGUGCUGUUGGCCGUAGCAUAAACUUGGGGGGACAAACUGCUUUGGCAUUAAGGCUAUUGUUGGCCAUCUUUUCAUCUAAACUUUCUUCAGAUGUUGACAGGCCUUUUGGAGAUGAGUUUCGUGCUGCUCGGAUGGUGUCUGAAGAAAUUGGUGCACAGAUAGUGUUGGGGGAUCGGCCCAUUGAAAUUACUCUUGAGAGGGCGUGGAAUUCACUGAAAUGGGCCGAAAAAUUAAGCUUAGUGAGCUCAGUUAUCCGUGGAAUCACAUCUUCAUCCGAGACUUCCACAGCCAAUGUGAAGGAAUCUGGUACUGAUGACAACCCUUACCAGCUUUAUGAGAAACUUAGCUCUGCUUACCCUUCCCUUGUACAGCCGCUUAUACUUGAACGUGACACGUACCUAGCAUGGUCUCUAAAACGGAGUAAAGCCGUAACUAACUGUAAGAGAGUGGUGGGAGUGAUAGGGAAGGGCCACUUGAAUGGAGUGAUAUACGCGCUGAUUUCAGACCUGGGAGAUCUACGUUUUCGCGACUUAGCUGGGAAUAGAUCUGGUGCUAAUGUUCCUAAUGCUUGGAUCAAUAAAAUUUUUAAAGAUUUGGCAAGGGAUACAUUGAUUGGUGUUCUUUUGUGGGCAUUAUAUGAGCAACUGAAGUCUGGUUUCUGAGUAGGCUGAUUCUGCAGUUUUACUUCCAAUUAUUGGGAGUACCCAUUGUAAUUGUAUAGUACGAGUAUAUAAUUUGGUUGUAACUCGUGUUCUCUUAUUGUCGAACCCUAUGUUGUCCACAUAUAUAUGGGUCAUUUUGUAUAGCUUAAAGAGGUAUUCCUCUCAUAAAUUCAUAAUCAUAGACUCUACUCAUUGGAUGGGCCAUGAUUUUCAAUAUGAGCUUGUUGAAACACUCACAAUACCUCACGAAUGUCAAAACAUUUAUUCUAUGGAAUUUGGUAAUUA